AAUAAACCCAGGUUCGGUGGGGUAAAUGCAUUAAAAAAGGACAAAGUUUAGCGUGUGGUACUGCUACAGUUGGUGGCGAAUUCGCUUUGGGGAAUAAACGUAUUAGUAACUUAUAUGCCAGGGAAUAACAAGAUUUACAUUUACCUUUUUCUAUGGUACAAGGCUUCGCAAAAAUGGCUGAGGAUUAUAUGGAAAUAAGUUCUGGAGACGAAAGGGAUGCAGGCGAUGUUGAAAUAGAGAAUUCGUAUGAAGAGCUCAAAGGUGGAAAACACAAUGUCAAGUUGCCGGAUGAAGCUUUCACUUGCCCAUACUGUCCUAAUAAGAAAAAAUAUGAUUAUCAGUACAAGGACUUGUUGCAGCAUGCUACAAUGAUUGGGAAAACUAAUUCAGAAAAACGAAGUAAGAAAGACAAGGCUAAUCAUCUAGCACUAGCUAAGUAUCUUGAAAAAGAUAUAGUAAAAGUUUCUAGCCCAUCACAACCUAAAGACGACGUUGAUCCCCUUGCAGACCAUGAUGGUGAUGAGAUAUUUGUAUGGCCGUGGAAAGGAAUUGUUGUCAACUUACCAUUUAGAUUGAUACAUGGACAGUAUGUUUGGCAAAGCAGUUUAAGUCUGAAGGAUGAUUUGACAAAAAGAGGUUUUAAUCCAAAGCGGGUGCAUGCUUUGUGGAAUUUUCGUGGUCAUUCAGGAAUGGCAGUGGUUGACUUUAGAGAAGAUUGGAUGGGGUUUGCCAAUGCCAUGUUAUUUGAGAAGGCUUACGAGGCUGAUCAGCAUGGCAAAAAGGAUUGGAAUUCAGAUAAUGAUCCAAAAGAUGGUAUUUAUGGUUGGGUGGCCCGUGCCAGUGAUUAUAAGGCUGACAAUAUCCUUGGAGAGCAUCUUCGCAAGGUUGCUGACCUUAAGACCGUUUCUGAUAUCAUGGAAAAAGAAAAGCGUAUAACAAAUACGCUCAUGUCAAGUUUGACUAAUGCAAUUGAAGUCAAGAAGAGGGAUAUAGAAGAAAUGGAGAGCAAGUACAUGGAAAAAGAGAAUUCCCUUAACAACCUCAUUGCUGAAAAUGAUAAGAUUCAUCAAUCUUAUAACGAAGAGAUUAUGAAAAUGAUGUUAAGCACACGAGAACAAUCCCAGAGGAUCUUCAAUGACCAUGAAAAAGUUAUGUUGAAAAUUGAAAGUGAAAUAAGAGAACUGGAACUUCAGGGCAUUGAACUGCAGAAACGUGAGGUUGUAAACAAAAAUGAAAGGAAAAAGCUUGCUGAAGAAAUUGAGCAGAAUGCUGCAAGAAAUAGUUUGCUUCAGAUAGCGUCUGAAGAGCAAAAGAAAGCUGAUGAAAGCAUGAUGAAGCUUGCAGAUGAUCAUAAGAGGGAAAAGGAGAAACUUCACGAAAAAAUAAUCUUUCUUGAGAAACAACUGGAUGCAAAACACGCUGCAGUGCUAGAAAUAGAACGUUUGAUGGGGCAGUUAAAUGUUGUCAAGCACACUGGAGAUGAUGAUUCAGAGGUUAAGAAGAAAAUAGAGGAGAUAAAAAAGAACAUAAAGGAAAAGGAAGAAGAGCUUGAGGAUUUGGAAAGCUUGAAUCAAACUUUAAUUGUUCGGGAAAGGAAAAGCAAUGAUGAACUGCAGGAGGCUCGUAAAGCCUUGAUUGAAGGGUUCGCGGACCUACCAAAAUCUAGAGAUAUUGGUGUCAAGAGGAUGGGAGAGCUCGAGAAUAAACCUUUCUAUGAAGCCAUGAGACAGAAGUACAAUAAGAAAGAAGCAGAAGAUAAAGCCUUGGAAGUAUGUUCUUUGUGGGAAGGGUACCUUGGAGAUCCCAAGUGGCAUCCCUUUAAAGUAAUCACUGUCAAUGGAAAAUCACAGGAUAACAUAGAUGAAGAUGAUGAAAAGCUGAAAAACCUAAGAAGCGACAUGGGUGAAAAAGUGUACGAUGCCGUGACUAACGCUUUGAGAGAAAUCAAUGACUACAAUCCUAGUGGAAGGUAUGUCAUAUCAGAGCUAUGGAACUUCAGUGAUGCCAAGAAAGCUACUUUAAAUGAGGGAGUUUCUUAUCUUUUAAAGACGGGCUGCCCAAAAACGCAGGAAACGCAGGAAAGGUGCUUAAUGAAAAACCAAAGAAAAAUGGAGGAAAAUAAGAGUAAAAUGGAAACGGAAAGAGAGAUGAGAAAGGCGCGUGGGAUAGCGGUGAGUUUGGCGCGUGAAGUAGAUAUGAAGAAUCAAAGGAUAUGGGAAAUGGAGAAGUAUGCUCAAGAUUUAUCUGCUCGUCUUAGUUCCAUGAUUGCUGAAAAAGAUCGCAUGAAUCAUUCCUUUUCUGAAGAAAUGAGAAAGAUGCAGGUGAUCGGACAACAAAAUGCCAAGCUGAAGACUGAUUUAGAGUGUCAAUUAAGUAGCAUGCAUUUACUUGUUCAAGAGAGCGAAAAGCUUAAGGAGGAAAUGGCGUCUCAACGAAAAGAACUCGAACAACGAGCUAAAGAUUUGGAGAAAAGAGAGUCACAACUUGCUAACGAGCGCACAAGUUUUUACAUAGAGAAGGAAAAGAUAGCUCAAAAUCCGUUCGAUAGUGACUACAGUAUUAGUGUCCAUAUCAAUGGCUUAAAGGACAGGCUGACUGAAAAAGAGGAAGAAUUGCAUGAUAUGGACAUCUUAAAUCAAACUCUUAUACUUCGAGAGCACAUGAGUAACAACGAGCUGCAAGCUGCUCGGAAGGAACUAAUAAAUGUUUUACCUCAAAUUCUGGAAUCGACCAUAAUUGGCCUGAAAAGGAUGGGAGAGGUUGCUCCAAAACCUUUUCAAGAUGUAUGCAUGCAGAAAUUCUCUGCUCAAGAAUGGGAAUUAAGAUCAGUCGAGUUAAGCUCAUUGUGGCAAGAGAAGGUUAAUAAUCCAAAUUGGCAACCUUUCAAGCAAGCUACUAAAGAUGGGAAAUUGCAGGAAAUAAUAGAUGAAGAUGAUAUCCAUUUGAAAGAAUUAAGAGACCAAUGGGGUGAAAAAGCAUGCGCUGCUGUAGUCACCGCAUUGUUGGAGUUAAAUGAGUACAAUCCAAGUGGAAGAUACGUAGUAUCAGAGCUUUGGAACUUCAGAGAAGGUCGAAAAGCUACUCUUAAAGAGGUUAUAGACUGUUUAGUGUACCAAAUGAAAGCUACCAAGACACUUAAACGUAGAAGGGACGCUCAACGACAAAGUUGAGUUAUGUUCAUUGCAUAUAUAAGUUAGUAAGCUCUCUAAAUUACCUAGUGUUGUAACUUGUAUGCUAAUUUAAGCAGAUGCAGUAAAAGUUGUAGCAAUUCUCUGCUUAUUUUAAUACCUUUUUAAUCAAUAACUAAUUUGUUUGUCUAGAUGUAUUCAAUGCAAGUCCUAUUUUCAUGAGAAA